CACUCUUCUAUUGGAAUUUAUUUUUUUCUUCGUUGACGAAUCUGCCCAGGAGGAAACGAAAUUAGAUCCCUCUUCCAGGAUUCUUGCAUGGGAAAACCAUGAACGAGUGGGUGCCCAUCGCUAAAGAGUACGACCCCCUCAAAGCCGGAAGCAUCGAUGGCACCGACGAAGAGCCUCACGACCGGGCAGUCUGGAGGGCUAUGUCAGCCCGUUACGUCCCCAACAAAGACGUUUCCGGAGACCCACACCUGACCCUCUUCGUAGCCCGGCUCAACCUGCAAACCACGGAAGAGAAGUUAAAAGAAGUUUUCUCCCGGUACGGAGACAUUCGGAAAAUCCGCCUGGUUCGGGAUCUGGUUACGGGUUUUUCCAAAGGCUACGCUUUUAUUGAGUAUAAAGAGGAACGGGCGCUCCUCAAAGCCCACCGCGACGCCAACAAGCUGAUCAUCGACCAGCGGGAAAUCUUUGUCGACUUUGAAUUGGAAAGGACCCUCAAAGGGUGGAUUCCCCGCAGGCUUGGAGGAGGUUUUGGCGGUAAAAAGGAAUCGGGCCAGCUGCGGUUCGGAGGCCGAGACAGACCAUUUAGGAAGCCCAUCAACUUGCCUGCCAUGAAAAACGACUUUUAUAAUGAGGGGAAAAGAGAGCGGGCUUGGUCCCGGGGAGGAUCGAGGGAUUGGAAGACCGGGGAACGAGAUUACGAGAGGAGCCGAGAGUCCCGGCGAUCUGAACGGGAACGAACGUCAGGGGGGUACGGCAAGAGCGAAAGAGAGCUGGAACAUCGGGCCAGGGAAGACCGAGGCAGAGCCGCUGAAGGGAGGGAGCGGGAGAGGAAAGACCGGAAUCGCGAGGCCAAAGACGGCAAAGGAUAAAGGCCACCAUCGAUGGGACGUUUCCUUCAAAUGUUGUGCAAUUAAAGGAGAUCCAUUAGAAGCGUUAGACCUCACUUCCAAACCAAGAUAGAUGGUUUUCUGGAAUCAACACAGAUGUUGCGAGCAGGAAUGGCUACCUCCCAGCUGGAGAAGAGUGAACAUUGUACCACAGGCUGCCCUCGCUUGAUAGUUGUGCCCGUGUCUUAUUCCAGGAUCCGAUGAAAGAUGGAUCCAAAGUUCCCAACACUGAUAAUUACCGCCUGUUUAUCUGAAAUGCCAAAAAGGAGAGCUGGUUUAGGAUUCCCACCCACCCCGUCCUACAUCCUUUAAUUCUUGAAAAGGUCUGGAUUAAAACAAGGUCUUGAUUCCACCGGUAGAAACCUUCCUCAAGGCAGAAGGAUAGCUGUUACCCUAAAAAAGUCAGAUUGUAUAGAUGGGAUGCGAGGGCCUCGGACCAAAAGGCUGUUUACGAGUCAGUGAAAUCACCCGGAGGCCUCUUGUUAAUUCAGAAAUAAGUUUAUUUAGCAUAUUAAAAAGAGUUCUACAGUUUGAUAUUGUUCUCUCUACUAAUCCCAGCCAAAUCUUCUUUAUUGCCUUUUAACUAUCUAAUACCCUGAAUCUUGAAUAAAAAUUAGGCGUCCUCUUUGCA